AUGUCCGCACCACCCCUGUUCCGCGCGCUCGGCCGGCGCACGCUUGCGCUGGUAUUCGUCUGGGUCUUCGGCUUGGUCCUUCUGGUCCCUUUGUUCGGGGUGACGAACCCCGUCGCGGGGUGGGCCGUACCCACUGGCUGGGCGAGCGACGCCUGCGCGGGGUGGGACCCGCACGCUGCGCCAGAGCUCGACCCACCACAGUGCCUCCGCGCGCGCCAGUUCCGCCAGCUGCAGGCGUUCCGCGCCGCCGAGGGGACCGAGUGGCAGCUGGGUAACGGCGACAUGCGCGCGCGCUCCGCGCUCGACCGGCUCGAACGCUGCGUCCUCGGCCUCAUUGCCUGCCCCGAGCGCCCGCUCGUCCUCGGCGACAUGUGGUACAUCUUCGUCAAGGGGCACAGCGAGAGCGGCGAGGCGGUGUGGCUUGGCGACGUGGUGUGUGCGGGCUCGCGCUUGGCGGGCACUCGGGCUGACACUCCGCAGCAGGACGCGGUCGAGGAGAACGGAUACGUCUUCCUCGCGCUCAUGCCGGACCUGAGGAGGGCGUACAAGAACUGGGCGCCGACGCGGCUGCUCAGCGAGCUGAUAUACCAGUACUGGACCGACGCAGACCAGUCGUUCAACUGCCUGUCGGACCCGCGCUGCGUCCGUGCCGAGGACUACACGCCCGCCACGAACGCGAGCUACCGGCACGAUCUGGGCGCCGUGCCGCCGAGCCAGCUCGGCCAGCUGCCGUCGUGGCGCGUCAUCGGGGUGUCGUUCUGGGGCUCCAGGCCGUUUUCGUUCGACGGGGCCGGCCAGAACGCACAGUACCUUUGGGGCAAGGCGGAGGGCGAGGAGUGGGCGUGGCACACGCUCGGGGCGAAGUGGCAGAUUGUCCCGUACGAUUACCCCGGCCACUCGUACCUCCCCCUCAGCAUCGAGCAGCGGUGCCUCCAGGCGCCGGUCGUACCGUACACGGAGCGCAAGGACGCGGUCCUCAUCCUCGCAAAAGAGAGCCCGUACUUCUACCACAAGGACUACCUGACCUCGGCGUGGCCGCGCAUCGUCGCGGACCUCAACGACGCCGGGGUAGAGGUCUGGUCGACCGCCAAGAUCGUGAACGACAAACCCAUCCCCGCGGGGAUCAAGCAGCUCGGCCAGCUGAGUGCGGCAGAGUACGCGCGCACCGUGGGCUCCGUGAAGGCCAUGCUCGGCGUCGGCCUGCCUGAGAUCUCGCCGAGCCCCUUCGUCGCAAUGUGCAAGGCGACGCCCGUCGUCAUGCCGUACUGGGACACCCCGUCCGAGUCGGCCUGGGCGCCGUUUGCGUCCCGGUACGCGCAGCACGGGAUCGUGAGGGCGCUCGGGGAGCCAUAUGCGUACAGCUACGAUAUUCGGAACACGACCGAGCUCGUGGCGCGUGUGAUCGACGCCGUCGGGACCGAGAUCCAGCCGUUUGUUCCGCAAGACAUGACAAUGGCCGCGGUCCGCGAGCGCACCCGCGCGUUCCUCCGCACCGACUGGGAAGGGCUGUACGACGAUAUCGUGGCGAACAAUGGCGGGCGGCCCCCCGCACACGACGAUACCAUGAUGGAGCGGUGCUUCGCCUCGGGCAAGUGCCGCCCCGAGCUGCUGGCGCAGGGCGCUGUAGAGUAA